UGUCAACUGGCUGGUUAGUUCGGUUUAUAUAUGAUUAACAUGUUAGACAAAGUACCAGUUUGAAAGCAUUUAGUUCCUUAAUUCGAAUUUUGGUGAUUCAUGACAAUGUAAUAAUUGUGGUUAACAUGUUUCUUGAAGGAUUAUUGAAAGUUAGGUCACAGUGAUGAAUCUUGGGUACUCUCGGCCCUCAUUUCGGUUUUCAUGGUUAUCGGCAAAGGCUGUGUAUGAAAAUUAAGGACUAUUUAAGCACUAAGUGUCACUUGAAGUUGGGUUUGACACUUAGGUUACAUAGGUUCUGUCUUUUCUUUGGCCAUACUAUAAAGAGGGUUGGAGAUAAUAGCUUCACUUAGUUUGAGCUGAUGCACACUAAGUCUCUGAUUUUUAUUAAGUCACCGCAUCAACUGCCCCACAUGAAGGGGCAAAAAAGGUUGAUCUUCGGAGUCUUGUCCUCACCACAUAAUGCAGCGAACCUUAUGAUACAGUGGACUAAAGGAUUUGGUUCACCUCACACGUAGCCGCAUGGGCAGCCGUCUAAAACUCGCCAAUGGGAUUCUGACGAUGCACUGCACCUCGUUUGAACAGAGACCUCGUUUGCACCGCACCUAAGUUGCAGAAGAUUUUGAAGCUGAAGGCAUAGUGGUCACUGCAACCGCAUGCUACGGUCAGCAGUAUGGAAUAGUAACGACAAUUGGGAAGUGUAGUCACCACAUUGUAUCAAAAAUGUUGAACACAUUUUUUUCUCAAAAAUGUUGAAUUAGGUAUUUUAAAUUUUUGAGUGACUAUUGAAGUUUUCAGUGCAUAUAAAAGGCAAAAAAAGCAUAACCUUAGGCCAUGGUGAAUUGAUCACAGGAUUAUAAAUAAGAAUUAAAAAGAAAAAAGAAAAAGAAAAAGAAAAAGAAAGAAACAAACCUGUGGACCUGUGGUCGUGGGCCCGAGCGCCUCCCGCCGCUGGGCCGUGCGAUUUGGCGGAAAGCUUCGCACGGCCUGGCAACUUCUCCAACUCCAGUCGUUGCCCCACUCGCCGGCGGCCCAAGCGAGCGUAGCGACCGCUGCCCACUGCUGCUGCCGCCGCUGCUUCUCUGCCUCCGGCGACCGGGUCCGGGUCGCCGCUACCUCCACCCCCAGCGAGCGCGCGGUCCCGCGCCGCCGCUUCUACCCGGCGGGGCGCGUGCCCUGACGAGGCCCAUCAAGACACCAAAAAGGAUCUGGAAGCUUCGAGGAUGCUUUGCUGCGGUGGCCGCUCCGCACCCCUCCUCCUCGCCGCACUGCUCUGCGCCUCCUACCUUCUCCUCGUGGCCGGAUCGCGUCAGGAAUUCCAUGAAGCUUCUGGAUUCAGAACACUUCUUGAAACAAAUCCAAACACACAUGAGGUGCAUUGCUCGAGAGAAAGGAGCCGUGCAGCUUGGAAUGCUAUCGAUGAGUAUUUGAUGCCCUUCAUAGAAAAAGAGAACUAUCAACUCCCAAGCAAAUGUAGGCUCCAUCCCGAUAAUGACAUGUUUCGGGAGCAAGAGCAACAUAAGAUUCAUUUUGAUAUUAACGAGUGGCGUUGUGGCUUCUGCAAGAAAGCUUUUCGAGCAGAGAAAUUCCUCGAUCAACAUUUUGAAAAUCGGCACAAGAAUCUCGUGGAUAAUAGUCAAGGAAGAUGCUUGGCAGAUUUAUGUGGAGCACUUCACUGUGAUCUGGUGAUGGAGUUCAAGAAACCAAAGAGUAAAUGCAAUGCAGCUGCCAAUGCUAGGAAUCGUCAUCUUUGUGAGAGCCUUGCAGACAGUUGCUUUCCUAUUAAUCAAGGGCUUUCGGCUAGCCGUCUUCAUGAAUUUUUCUUGCGCCAAUUCUGUGAUGCUCACACUUGCAGUCGGGGAACUAAACCUUUCCCCAAAGGUGGCAGGAAACAAACAAACAGGUUCUACUUGGCUCUCUGCAUCUUGACACUGAUACUCUUGCCCCUGUUCUAUCUCAUAGUAUUCUUGCACCAGAGGGAAAUGAGGAAAGGUGUUCAAGAUCUAAAACGAUUUUCAAAAAUUGGGCAGAAGAAAAAACCAUUCUAAUUUUCCGCAGUCCCGCAUGCCGAUGCAAACGCCACAGAAGCAAGCAGUGUAAUUUUUGUGAGCUGACAGAAGAUAUUCUUUGUUGUCAAUCUUAAACUGAAGCCUUGCCGACUUUGAUAGUUCACUCCCGGAAACAUGGGGUUUACAUGACUGCGUACAAUCUCAGGAGGGCAAUGGUAACAUUGAAGAAUGUGCAUCCAAUAUUGUCCAUAUAUCAACAUGCCUGAUUUUGAGCCUCUA